GUCAGUGUGAAAAGUCAUAGUAACUUGAAAGAUGUUACGUACGUCAGUAUUUCUGUGUCUCAUUCUCCAAGUGCUAGGGAAGUACCUAGCUUUUCCUGACACACAAGCUGCGACCGACGAAUGGUGGAGGAAUACAUUCGUCUAUCAAAUUUAUCCGCGAAGUUUUAAAGAUAGUAACGGUGAUGGAGUUGGCGACUUAAUUGGAAUUACAAACAAGCUUGAGCAUCUUGCUGAUUUGAACAUCAGUGCAUUAUGGCUGUCACCAAUCUACACCAGCCCUAUGGUAGACUUUGGAUACGACAUUGCCAACUUUACUGAUAUCGAUCCCACUUUUGGCACACUUUCUGACUUCACGAAACUCGUAUCAAAAGCUAAAUCUCUCGGGCUUAAAGUUGUUCUUGACUUUGUACCAAAUCACAGUUCUGACAAACAUGUAUGGUUUCAAAAAAGUGUUCAAAGGAUUAAACCUUACGAUGAAUAUUAUGUAUGGAAGGAUGCUAAGAUCAUUAAUGGAACAAGACACCCACCAAAUAAUUGGCUGAGUAUUUUUCAAGGAUCAGCUUGGCAAUGGAAUGAACAACGUAAACAGUACUAUCUUCAUCAAUUUGCUGUUGGACAACCCGAUCUCAAUUAUCGAAGUGCUGCUCUGAAUGAAGAGAUGAAGAAUGUUUUGAGAUUCUGGCUUAAUCGUGGAGUUGAUGGAUUCAGAAUUGACACAAUACCUAAUUUAGUUGAAGACGCUAGAUUUUUAGAUGAACCUAAAAUUCCAAAUACUGGUCUCCCAGAUACUGAUCCUGGAACUCUGAGACAUAUCUACACAGCAGACCAAAAUGAGACUUAUGAUGUGUUGAAAUCAUGGAGAGCAGUUCUCGAUGCUACAGGUGGAUCGAAAAAAAUCUUUUUGACUGAAGCCUAUACCAGUAUGAAUUAUUUGAUGAAGUAUUAUCAAUAUGGAUCAAAUGUACCAUUCAACUUCAUGUAUAUAGCAACUCUAAACAACCGUUCUAGUGCAUUAGAUUUUAAAUUCACUAUGGAUCAAUAUUUAAAUAACAUUCCUCCUGGAUUUUCUGCCAACUGGGUUGUAGGAAAUCAUGAUAACCACCGAGUGGCAUGGCGGUUUGGGGAAAAAAGAGCAGAUCAACUGACAAUGAUUGCUAGUGUAAUGCCUGGUAUUGGUGUUUUAUAUAACGGUGAUGAAAUUGGUAUGAUUGAUCGACCUAUGAGCUGGAAAGAAACGGUAGAUCCAGCAGGUUGUAAUGCUGGACCAAGCAGAUAUAACAUUACAUCACGAGAUCCUGCUAGAACUCCAUUCCAAUGGGAUAGUACCACAAGUGCUGGUUUUUCUACGAGUAAUAAAACAUGGCUUCCUGUUCACUCCAAUUACAAAACUCUCAACUUGGCAGCCCAAAAAAUGGACGCAUUGUCUCAUUAUUCUGUUACGAAGAAAUUAAUUGCACUCAAGAGAAACCCUGUCGUUCAAAACGGUUCCACCCAGAUUAUCCUCGUGGGAGAAAAUGUUCUUGGUGUCGUCAGGAGAUUGCCUGGUCUUUCUCCAGUUGUUUUGCUCAUCAAUUUUAGUGAUAAACCUUCAACUGUUGAUGCUGCUGCUUGGAUGAAUAUCCCUGAAAAAUUAAACGUCUACGCAGGAAGUGUUGGCUCCAAUAUUAAACCAAACACUGUUAUGAGCACUCAUCCUAUCACACUUCCAGGUGCUGCUUCUGUUGUUUUAGUUUGAUUGAUUAUAAUUGAUCUUUGGAUCUUUCCCAUUUUUACGAUAGUUAAAUGUAUGUUUUUAUUUUAAUGCUCAUGAUGAUUAGUACCUAAUAAAUUCAAUAGAAAUAAAUAGAUUCAAAUAAACUAAUUUGAUGAAGAACAAAAA